CUCGCUUUUGGAUCCCGCCUUGUCAGACAAGGACAUCGGGAGAAGCAUUCUGUUUAGCGGAAUUUAGACAAGUUUCGUUGACAGCUUGCCCAAUUUAUUAUUUUUAAUUUAAUUUUAUUACAUGUGAGGUGUACUGGAUCGUCUGCCGUCGUCGUUUAUACGUGUAUCUAUGGUUUGAAACGUAUAUUUUUGUAAACGAGAUCUACAUUAUUAUUCGUCCAUCAUCAUAUUUUGAACGCUGUUGAAAUCUGUGAUUGUUUGGCUAGAAAUCGUCGUGUUAAGAGGGUAAAUUUUAAACAAACUGCAAAUUUCACUUCGACAAGACUACUGCGUUGGUUUAACCACUUACAGCAGCGGACUAUUUACAAUCGGUUGUGUAUUCGUGUAUACUAUUGUAAUACUCUUCUUACUCUAUCCGAUUUCGAAAUCUAUUGCUGCGAAAACAUUAGUUUUGGUUGAGCCGAUCAAGUGACGAUUGCAUAACCCAGUAAUGGAAAAGAUAUUCUUCAAACUAGAGGAUAAACAACGCGAACUCCAUGGCAAGAAAGGACGAAUUAUAGUAUCGUGGAACAGAUUUGCUCGCUCAGUUCGAGAGGCUGUUGAAUUCUAUACUGAAGCCAAGCAGGCAGAACUGUACGCCUGGGCUCAAAGUCUACCAGAUCAAGCCAGAAGAACUGUUUCAAAGGUUCCUCCAUUUCGUAGUCUUUUCCUGGCAGUGUUACCGUACUUCAUGUAUCUGUUAUUGUUUUCAAACUACAAAGUUCUUCGGAAACUACUCGGCCUCACAGUUGUCCCGAAGCCAAACAUGCAUUUCUGUCCAUCCAUGGAACUGUUGAUAUUUCGCUGUUUUCCUCAUCAAAUAUUAGCCAAGUUUGCAAACCCUGUAUUUGACUUCCUCGCAGCAAUUCCAUAUUUGAUUCAUUUUCCACUGCCUGUUUUUAUGAUUAUACAUAAACUUGUGGACAAACGUCGUAGAUCAACUCUCUUGUUUUACGUAUGGAUAGCUGGAUGGUGCAAUUUUAUUGGUGUUUUCAUCCAAUUUGUGUUCCCAACAGCCCCACCGUGGUAUAUGGAUAGUGUAGUAUUCAGUCCAUUGGGCUCUGAGUUGAAAGCUGGUUAUAAUGAAGCUGGUUUUCAUAGACUUGAUGCUAUUCUUGGUUUCCCGCUCUUUCAUAAACUUUAUUCGGCAUCACCAGUCAAGUUUGGAGCGUUCCCAUCAUUACAUGUCGCAUGGCCAACGAUAGUCUUAGUUAGCGACCCGUGGGUCAGCGAACGUUUUGCAAAGUUACAUGUACUGUGGAUUACUUGGGCUGCACUGUAUUCAAAUCACCAUUACGGUGUUGACGCUAUUGGUGCAAUUGUUAUGGUUUUCACUGUACGAUUUUUCGCCGGGCUUUGGAGUCCAUUUAGCAACCACCUCACAAGUGGUAGUAGCAGAAAUAAUAGUUAUACAAAUUUACUACAAGUUUAGAUAAAUGACGAUGCUAGUCUUUUUGGACGAUAUUGGCAUUAAGAUUAACAUAAUUCUAUAAUAAUCAUAAGGUCCUUUUUCUAUAAAUCCCUAGUUAGUUCAUUAGAACAAUACAUUUGUUUCAAUCCGUGUAUAUUAUGAACAUCACAAACUGAUUCAUUUUUGUUUUUGGUAUUUUAUUGUAGGGGACUGUUUAUGAAUAUUAAUAUGAACCAAAUGAUAAAGUUUA